AUGGGCAGGCUGACACAGUACUGCAUGCACCUCCUGCCCAAGGGCACUGUCAGGAAUCUGAAAGCGGUCUCCUUCAUUCUCGUGCUCAUCAACCCGGAGUACAUCCUGUCGAGGCUAUCAUGGCUUGCUACGAAUGAAUAUUUCGCCUGCGCAGCAGCACUCUGCAUUGCCCGAGGAGUCUGGUGUUACACUCUAUCCUUUAGCGCUCAGACAGAGGACACGGGCGUUGAUGAGGAAGUACUUCUAAGUCAUGGAUUUGGGCCGAGGAUCUUCGAGUGCCUCACGACUCAUACUCGGCUCUUUCCCACGAAACACUCAUUCUCCUACUCUUACUUGCUAGUUGGGGUACCGAUCGGUUGGCGUGGCUCUGCAAGUUCGAUUCUGUCUUCCGAUCUUUCCACCGAGGCAUCAAGAUUGGGAAAGAAAUGGUUCUCGAUAAAUGCCGAAGAUUACCUGGAAAGAUGUCAGCACUCUGGCGGGCUGCAAGGCAAACUUCAAGACUUCCUAAAGACUCAGGACGUCUCAUCAGAGGACUACCCUUACGCGUACCUUGUCACGGCGCCCAGAUUUUGUGGCUUCUCAUUCAAUCCCGUGUCAUUCUGGUAUCUCUACGACGACAACAAACGUUUGGGCGCAAUGAUACUCGAAGUCAACAAUACGUUCGACGAGCGGCGAACAUACUUUCUAGCACGCAAUCCCAACGGCGAGGAUCUGGAGUCGUCGAAAUUCAAGAAUCACUGGGAGAAGGAUUUCCAUGUCUCACCCUUCAACGACCGUGACGGCUCAUACAGUCUUGCAGCUACUGACCCUUUCGAGUCUGGCACGGCGACUAGUAUCGACAACAAUAUCGUCUUGAAUGCGCCGGAUGGAAAGCCUAAGAUAGUAGCAAGAGUCUUCUCCACUCAGCCAGGCAUUGACCCGUCUAAGAUGACAGCCGUACAAUGUCUCUUCUUCGUCGCCCGAUGGUGGUGGGUCGGCUUGAUGACGAGUCCACGUAUCCUGCGACAAGCACGCGUCCUAUGGGUCAAGAAGUUACAGUUAUUCUAUCGACCCGAAGUGCUCCAAAGCAGUAUUGGACGGACCGAGACGGCCGAGGAGGCGAAGCUCGAGUCCUUCUUCCGCGGCUUCAUGCAUAGGUUAGCAGAUACUUCAAGACGCAGCAUCAACUACUGUCCAGCUGCUGGCGACCAACGAGGCAAGUCCGUGCUCAUCGAGAGCAGCGCCCAAAAGUUCGACGAUAAACGACCAGAAAACAUUGAGGUCGAGGUCAAGGUCAUGACACCCGCAUUCUAUGCCGAAAUAGGUCGAAAGUCGGAUGUGCUGGAGGCCUUUGAGCGGCUUUGCUUCGAACCUGCGCAAGGACGAGCGAUGGUGUACGUGUCAGAUGCACAUGUCCUCCGUGAAGCGUUGAAACUUGCACUCUCCCGAUCUGUGAGGCCAGAACGGACAAGUCGACUCAGCAGGCUGAACGAGGGUCUCCGGUCACGCGACAGUCUCUUUUGCAUUGCUCUGAAAGGCCUGAAAGAUCUCUGUUCCCGUGUGUCCGAGGAAGCUGUGCCGGAUAAGCCGAGGAGCUUCGACGGUUUCGUUCAGUCUGCAUACCCCGAACCCGACACCUCGGUCUAUGAGCGUACUUGCCUCAGGGUACUUCUAGCAGAUCGGCUGGCAUUUGGAUAUGUUGGGCUGAUUUAUUCGUACGUCGCAACCAUCUGGGCGCUGGCGGUGGGGUUGACGGGCAUGCAUAUCAAUAGUCUUCUCCACGGGACUAAGGAUUGCAAUGGCUGGACCCUGAUAACAUUGGGCUUGAAACUAGGAGUGAUGUUUGGUCUUGAGAUGCUCAGCUCAUGA